UUCCACCUUUUAUUCAGCCUUUUGAGUUUCCACGGUUCUCCAUCGGGCAGCGGGUCUUCAUUCCUUGCGUGGUGGUCUCCGGGGAUUUGCCUAUCACAAUCACCUGGCAGAAGGACGGCAGGCCGAUCCCAGCCAGCCUCGGGGUGACGAUUGAUAACAUCGACUUCACCAGCUCCUUAAGGAUUUCUAAUCUUUCACUGAUGCACAAUGGGAAUUAUACCUGUAUAGCUAGAAAUGAUGCAGCAGCUGUUGAGCACCAAAGCCAAUUAAUCGUGAGAGUGCCCCCUAGGUUUGUGGUUCAGCCCAGCGACCAGGAUGGGAUCUAUGGAAAAGCCGUAAUUCUCAACUGCUCUGCAGAGGGUUAUCCUGUUCCUACUAUUGUCUGGAAGUACUCAAAAGGUGCUGGGGUUCCUCAGUUCCAGCCGAUUGCAUUGAACGGUCGUAUCCAGCUUCUCACAAAUGGCUCCUUGCUGAUUAAACAUGUGCUGGAAGAAGACAGUGGAUACUACCUCUGCAAGGUCAGCAAUGAUGUGGGAGCAGACGUCAGCAAGUCCAUGUACCUCACUGUUAAAAUUCCAGCUAUGAUAACUUCCUAUCCAAAUACCACCUUGGCAACACAAGGUCAAAAGAAGGAGAUGAGCUGCACAGCACAUGGAGAGAAACCCAUCAUAGUCCGCUGGGAAAAGGAAGACCGAAUCAUUAACCCUGAAAUGUCCCGUUAUCUUGUUUCCACCAAGGAAGUUGGAGAUGAAGUGAUCUCUACUCUCCAGAUUCUGCCAACCGUGCGUGAAGAUUCUGGCUUUUUUUCCUGCCAUGCCAUCAAUUCUUAUGGGGAGGAUCGUGGAAUAAUUCAGCUCACUGUGCAAGAGCCCCCCGACCCUCCUGAAAUAGAAAUCCGAGAAGUGAGAGCACGCAGUAUUGCCCUCAGAUGGACCAUGGGAUUUGAUGGAAACAGUCCAAUCACUGGCUAUGAUAUCGAGUGCAAGAACAAGUCGGACUCUUGGGAUUCUGUUCAGAGAACCAAAGAUGUUUCUCCUCAGCUGAACCAAGCCACUAUCAUUGACCUCCACCCUUCUUCGACUUACAACAUUCGCAUGUACGCCAAGAAUCGCAUCGGCAAGAGUGAGGCCAGCAAUGAGCUCACCAUCACUACCGACGAAGCAGCUCCUGAUGGUCCACCUCAGGAUGUCCAACUUGAGCCUAUAUCUUCACAAAGCAUUAGGGUCACCUGGAAGGCUCCAAAGAAGCACUUGCAAAAUGGAAUUAUUCGUGGAUACCAGAUAGGUUAUCGGGAGUACAGUGCAGGGGGAAAUUUCCAGUUCAAUAUCAUCAGUAUUGAUACCACUGGGGACAGUGAAGUUUAUACGCUGAAUAACCUGAAAAAGUUCACCCAAUAUGGCAUGGUAGUCCAGGCUUGCAACCGGGCUGGAAUAGGACCUUCUUCUCAGGAAAUCAUCACCACUACUCUUGAGGAUGUGCCCAGUUGCCCUCCAGGGAAUGUGCAAGCCACCGCCACAUCACCAGAAACAAUCUCUAUCUCAUGGUCAACGUUGGCGAAAGAAACCUUGAAUGGGAUUCUGCAAGGAUUCAGGGUUAUCUACUGGGCCAAUCUCUUGGACGGAGAGCUAGGAGAGAUAAAGAACGUCACUACUACACAGCCGUCCCUAGAGCUUGAUGGCCUGGAAAAAUACACCAACUACAGCAUUCAGGUGUUGGCUUUUACACGAGCUGGAGAUGGUGUGAGAAGUGAACAAAUUUUCACCCGCACCAAAGAAGAUGUUCCAGGUCCUCCCGCUGGUGUUAAAGCAGCUGCGGCUUCAGCCUCCACUGUCUUUGUCUCCUGGCUCCCUCCCCUGAAGCUGAACGGCAUCAUUCGGAAAUACACAGUCUUCUGCUCACACCCCUACCCCACAGUAAUCAGCGAGUUUGAAGCCUCUCCCGACUCAUUUUCCUACAGAAUCCCCAACCUGAGCCGGAAUCGCCAGUACAGUGUCUGGGUGGUAGCAGUGACUGCUGCGGGAAGAGGCAACAGCAGCGAGAUUAUCACUGUGGAACCUCUAGCUAAAGCUCCUGCCAGGAUUUUGACAUUCAGUGGCACAGUGACAACUCCCUGGAUGAAGGACAUUGUCCUCCCUUGCAAAGCCGUUGGAGACCCAGCUCCAACAGUCAAAUGGAUGAAGGAUAGUAACGGGACACCCAGUCUAGUGAUGAUUGAUGGGCGAAGAAGCAUCUUUAGCAAUGGCAGCUUUGUCAUCCGUACUGUGAAAGCAGAAGACUCUGGAUACUACAGCUGCGUGGCCAGUAACAACUGGGGAUCAGAUGAAAUAAUUUUGAAUUUGCAGGUACAAGUUCCACCAGACCAGCCAAGACUCACUGUAUCCAAAACUACAUCUUCCUCUAUUACUCUUUCCUGGAUUCCUGGAGACAAUGGUGGCAGUUCUAUCCGAGGUUAUAUUUUGCAGUACUCGGAAGAUAACAGUGAGCAGUGGGGUAGUUUUCCCAUUAGCCCUAGUGAGAGAUCCUACCGUUUAGAAACACUAAAAUGUGGCACUUGGUACAAGUUUACUCUAACUGCUCAGAACGGAGUGGGUCCAGGACGCAUCAGUGAGAUCAUCGAGGCCAAAACACUUGGAAAAGAGCCACAGUUUUCAAAGGAACAAGAGCUCUUUGCUAGUAUCAACACCACAAGAGUGAAGCUGAACCUGAUAGGCUGGAAUGAUGGUGGCUGUCCCAUCACCUCCUUCACCCUGGAGUACCGGCCAUUUGGGACAACAGUCUGGACAACCGCUCAGCGGACAUCCCUGUCAAAGUCCUACAUACUCUAUGACCUCCAGGAGGCAACCUGGUAUGAACUGCAAAUGAGAGUGUGCAACAGCGCUGGCUGUGCAGAGAAACAAGCUAAAUUUGCAACACUUAAUUAUGAUGGCAGUACAAUCCCUCCACUCAUUAAGUCAGUUGUGCAAAGUGAGGAAGGGCUGGCAACCAACGAAGGGCUAAAGAUGCUGGUGACCAUUUCCUGUAUCUUGGUUGGGGUCUUGCUGCUUUUUGUGAUGCUGCUGAUCGUGCGGAGGAGGAGGAGGGAGCAGAGACUGAAAAGGCUGAGAGAUGCAAAGAGUUUGGCUGAAAUGCUUAUGAGCAAGAACACCAGGACGUCAGAUACACUUAAUAAACAGCAGCAAACACUGAGGAUGCACAUAGACAUUCCCAGAGCACAGCUUCUCAUCGAGGAGAGGGACACAAUGGAGACCAUUGAUGACAGGUCAACAGUUCUGCUCACUGAUGCUGACUUUGGAGAGACGUCUAAGCAGAAGUCACUGACGGUCACCCACACAGUACAUUACCAGUCUGUGUCACAAGCUACAGGACCACUGGUGGAUGUUUCUGAUGCCCGGCCAGGAACAAAUCCUACCACAAGGAGGAGUGCCAAAACCGGACCCACAGCUCGCAACCGUUACGCCAGUCAGUGGACCCUCAACAGACCUCACCCGACCAUAUCAGCUCAUACCCUCACGACAGACUGGAGGCUGCCCACUCCCAGGCCAGCUGGAUCAGUGGACAAGGAAAGUGACAGCUACAGUGUCAGUCCCUCACAGGACACAGAUCGAGCAAGAAGCAGCAUGGUCUCCACAGAAAGUGCCUCCUCAACAUAUGAAGAGCUAGCAAGAGCAUAUGAGCACGCAAAAAUGGAAGAGCAGCUGAGACAUGCCAAGUUCACCAUUACAGAAUGCUUCAUAUCAGACACAUCAUCAGAGCAGCUCACGGCAGGGACUAAUGACUACACUGACAGUCUGACCUCAAGCACGCCGUCAGAGUCGGGGAUUUGCAGGUUCACCGCAUCCCCUCCCAAACCUCAGGAUGGAGGGCGGGUGAUGAACAUGGCAGUUCCAAAGGCACAUCGGCCAGGUGAUCUCAUGCAUUUGCCACCCUACCUGAGGAUGGACUUUUUAUUGAACCGUGGUGCGCAGGGCACAAGCAGAGACCUGGGUUUGGGGCAAGCCUGCUUGGAGCCACAGAAAAGCCGAACCUUGAAGCGCCCCACUGUCCUGGAGCCGAUACCCAUGGAGACAUCCUCCACAAGAGAAGUACAGUCAUGGCAACCUGGUGCUGUGGCAACGUUACCUCAGCGAGAAGGAGCUGAGCUAGGACAGGCAGCAAAAAUGAGCAGCUCCCAAGAAUCCCUGCUGGACUCCCGGGGCCACUUGAAAGGAAACAACCCCUACGCAAAAUCUUACACCCUGGUAUAACAAAAAGAGCAUGGCUGGACAGUGGCUGUAAAUAUUUACACUGAAAAAAAAUCCAAUGAAAGCUACCUUUUUUUUAUUGAAUUCCAAUAUUUAUAAUUAAAGAAGAAGAUUGCCAAAAUAUUUGACAAAAAAAUUAAUAAUAUGAACGACAGACAGUGCAAAGACUCUCUUGCUUUUUUUCUGUCUGAGUGUGAGCUUCAUCUGACUGGACAUCUGAAUUUUUGGGUAAAAGAGUCCAGUUUUCUGAUCUUCACAAGCGUUUGUGUUUUUACUGAUUUUCUACAAAGUGCAUGGAGACUUAACUAAAACAUUUUAACUGGAAGUUCCAUCAGACAAGAUUUAAAAAGGAAAAAAAAUCACAAAAAAAAAAAAUCACCCUAUUUGUGAAUUCAACAGAAACAUUGAUUUGGAAAAACAAAAAGUCUUUUGUCAUGUUUGCACUUUUUUUUUUAAUUAGAAAAUGGGUCCUUGAUUGUUCUUUUUUUUGUUGUUAAUUAGGAUGAGUGAUGUCAGUGGA